AUGUCAGUCACCGCCUUCACUUGCCUCCCUGAUCCUCGCCCCAGUCGCCUGCGCCGAAUCGGCCAACUGCGAAACUACACACAAAAUCGCAGUUUGAGCAGCCGAGUCCCCUGGCGUUCGUCGACCUCCGGGCCCAACUCGCCGAACCCGGUGGAGAACCUGAAUGAGAGCUCCACUCCGUGCCCAGAUACCGAUCACCCAGCCCUCUCGCGUUACACAUCGGCGCCCUCUGAGAGUUCGGGCUUUGGCGACCUCACCAGUCGCGUCUCCUCUGCCGACUCCGCUCUUUCGAUUCCGUCUAUUGAAGCCCCUCAGACAACAGCCCAUGCCAUGGCUCGGCUGAGGAGCGCUUCAGCCGCACAGCAACCGCCACCGCGCACACAAGAUCGACAAAACUCUGAAUCUAGUGUCUCCCCUGAGCCGAAUUCUCUGCAAACCGAUGGAAUCGUGCCAACCAGCACCCCCGAUGAUUCGAUUACGUCGCCGAAGCCAGACAAGAAGGCUAUCAUUCGCUUCUUCCCAUAUCAGGAUUCCCAUGCGAGCACCACCGCAAGACCCUCACUACCCUUUGUUCCUAUAAGUCGCACCCUCCCAUCGGAAAGCUGUGUGAUUAGGGUGGGCCGAUACUCGGAACGCGAUGGUAUUCCCAUCCCUAACCCCGCCGAACCUUCGGAUGCCCCUGUGGGCUUCAAGUCCAAGGUAGUGAGCCGGAAACACUGUGAAUUCUUGUAUGUCAAUGGACAGUGGCAUAUCAAGGAUGUGGGGAGCUCGUCGGGCACGUUUUUGAACCACAUGCGCCUAAGUCAGCCCAACAUGGUCUCCCGUCUGUAUUCGAUCAAAGACGGAGAUAUCGUCCAACUGGGCAUUGAUUUUCGCGGUGGGGAGGAGAUGAUCUUCCGAUGCGUUCGCAUUCGCAUCGAGUGUAAUCGAUCGUGGCAGCAGCAGCCCAACGAAUUCAACAAAAAUACGGAAAGCCUUAUCAAAAACUUGGGUAAAGGCGAGACAGCCGAUUAUUCGGGAUGUCGAGAAUGCUCCAUUUGCCUGGGAUCUGUUCUGCGCCCCUACCAAUGUCUGUUCAUGGCAGCCUGCGCACACGUGUGGCAUUACAAAUGUAUCAGCCGACUUCUCCACUCGCCCGACUAUCCUAUGUUCCAAUGUCCCAAUUGUCGUGCAUUCACCGAUCUCAGUGCCGAGGUAGACGACUCUAAUGACCUUGAAGAAAGGCGCGAGAAGGAACCAGUGGCAUCGGCAGCCCCAGCAGAAUCAGCACCACAAGAAGCACCACAAAAUGGGCCCGUCGAGCAAAUUCAACCAGAAGCCGCAACGGAAACCCCAAACAUCGAAUCAACAAACGGCGUGGAUCAACUCCAUGACCAACUGGGAGAUGUCACCGAAGAAGAGAGCUUAGCGGGUGACAUUGCAGAGGCUAGCCUGCCAAAUGGCACUGAGCAAGCUAGCUUACCACAGCACACUGGACAAACCAAUCUGCCAACUGGCGCUGAAGAAUCUAGCCUAUCAAAUGGCACUGGAAGCCUGCUCAUCCAUAACGACGGACUGGGGGGUUUCAUUGAAGAAGAUAGCCUAGCAAGUGGCCUGGAGCACCUGCUCAUCCAAGAUUAUCUGCGAACCGACGACACCUCGUCAGCCCCAUCCAGCAACACCGACCUCGCCCGCAGCGCCACAAUCAGCAUCCCUGGCUGGCAACCCAGCCAACCCCUCAGCAUACCCCCAGGCAGGCAAGCUCAAUUGCGGUCAGACACCCCAGGCCGCUCCGAGACCUCAGACGAUAAUCCCCUGACACCGCGCAACGACUCGGGUCCUCUCGCCUUCGACGGAAGAGCGGGAAUGCCUUAA